UGCAUUGUUUUGUGAACGUAUUUGUGAUUGGCGAGUUUUUAUUUUAAUUUCACAAAUAUAAACCAAAUAGUGUGUGUAAAUAACAUAACAAUGUCGGUAAAAGAGAAAGAAUUCUUCGGGCCGUUAACUCUUCACGAGAAAACGGAUAACCCGUCAAUUUUUAAAAGCGAAGAAGUGACUGAGUGUUCAUGUGUUUUAUGUGAACAGAAUUUCUUACUGCCAUCAAAUGAGAAGGAUUUGCUUACCCAUUUGUUCAUGAAGCACCGUUUAGUUAUAGCUGAUGUCAACCAAAUCGCUGAUUUGAAAGAAUACUUGCGAUAUUGGCGACUGAGAUUUAAAGAUCAGAACCUGCCAUACUUCUGCACCACAAUGCUGCUCGACAACAAACCAGAUGGUACAAAAUCCAAAAAUGAAGAAUAUUAUUUACUCAGCGAUGUCCUUCCUGAAGAUAAGGAACUGCGCACAAAUCUUCAGCAGACAAGAUUAGAAAAAUUACUAGAAAGACAUCAGUUUGAACGAGAGGAUAAAAAUUAUGUGAGAGAAUGUCUCUUCUGCCGUAACAUAUCAACAACAACUAGAGCGAAUUACCUCAACCAUUUAUAUGAAAAACAUAACUUCCACAUAGCUAAACCAGACAACUUAAUAUUCAUAGAUGAACUAGUAAACACAAUAUCUACUAAACUAGAGAAAUUGCAAUGCAUAUUCUGCGAAGGUAAUUUCAAGGACCGCACCAUACUGAAAGAACACAUGCGUAAAAAAGGACACAAGAGAAUUAACCCAGAAAAUAAGGAAUAUGACAAAUUCUUUCUAGUCAAUUAUGUAGGUGAUAAACAACAAAGUAAACAAUAUUAUAGGCUAAAUAAAAAUCAGAAUGUGAAGAAAACAUUGGAGUUUGAAAAUGAUUCCAAUGUGGACAGCGAUCCUGAGUGGUCCGAUUGGACCGAAGAGAACGGUCCACUCAUAACCUGCCUCUUAUGUGAACACACCGAGAAAGAAUAUGACAAAACAUUAGACCACAUGGAGAAACAACAUGAAUUUUACUUCGGCAAAGUUACGGAGGGCAUGGAUUUCUACCACAAAGUCAAAAUAGUGAACUACAUACGUCGUCAAAUACAUUUGAAGCAAUGUUUGUCUUGUGAUACGAAGUUUGACGAUUCGAAGAACUUAGAAAAGCAUUUGAAAGAGACAAAACAUUGGGAACUGUGUAAGGAAAAGUGGGAUCAACCGGAGUACUACUUUCCGACUUACGAAGAUGAUUUGUUCCUGUGUUUCAUUCAAGAUGAUGAUGAGAGCUGGUGGUCUAAUGAUGACCAGGAGGUUGAGAAGCGUAAUAGUAUGUCCGAUAGUAUAUCUAAAGAAAUGGCUUUGGCUGUUCUAGGUGACUGAACAGUAUAGUCUGAUAUCGAAAGACUGAACUAGAAAAAGCAGAUUGAAUAAGAUUGCAGAUUGUUUAAUGAAUUUCAAUGUUAUGGGUGUGAAAAGAAAAUUUAAAAUGUAAUGUUGAUUGUACAUUGUGUACCUAUGUCUAAUUUUGUACAUAGUUUUGGACUUUAUUUUAACUGUGUUAAAGUUGAGAUUUGUAAUUUUAUCAUGUGAGUGCUGAUCCUAAAUCAAUAAUUAACCUGUGUGGUUGGUUGCUUGCCUGGUUUGUUCUCUAAAACAAUUUGAAUUCGAAUUAUUGUUCAUUGUAUCAGUUAUUUCACUUGUACCUAAUACCUAUGCUCAAUUUGUGUAAUAUUAGAAUAGUAUUUGAUGCUAACCUGAGCUAAAAAGUACUACAAAAUGUAUUCACUGUUAAAACAUGAUCCGUAUCAGUUGUAAAUUUAUUCUAUUAACACUUAAGUAUUUUUCUCACAAACUUAUAGGACAAAAUUGUACAUUUAUUAUUUAUAGAUCUGUAUAUUGUUGGUGUAGCUGGGCUUGGUACAUAAAUGAUACAUGGUGUACUAUAUUUGUACAAAAACAUUCAUAUAUAGGUUGUAAACGGAAGAGACCCAAAAAACAAUGAUAAAAAUCAAGCUUUAUUUAAUAAAAGUAAGGAAUUAAAUUUUUAUUUUAACUCGUCGA